AGUGACCUAUCUCGUCAUUUUCCCAUCGGACCAGGCUCUUCAAACUGUCAUGGCAGGUUACUCGUUCUAGUCGUACCAGCCAGUUCUAGACUUACGAUUAGAUCGGACUGCUCACGAUGUCUACGAGCUUACGACCUCAGGUCCAGAUGACGCAGUUGCCUAACAAUAAGGGACAUGUUGGCGGAUGUCCUUCACUUUCUACCGCUCCCAACUCAGUCACACCUUCAAAGCGACCAGACGACGAUGACGAUAUUCAGUUUAUAUCAUCCCAGCCUGUUAAAAGGCAAAAGAUGGCUGAGCACGUGGCCCAGAAACAUAAUAUGCCUGUGAUACCUAUUGCUCCUACAAUAUCUGUUGCUAUCCCACCUACUGAACUUAGAGACUCGGAUAGACGAAUUAGUACAGGCAUGGUUGGGCUCCCUUCGGAUAUCAAUGUCAUGGAACUCACUUCUGCCCUGAGAGGAGUGUCACUUCCUGUGUUGGAGAAGUUCGUUCUCGACCAACCUUUCCGCAAGCCAAGACCUCCGAGCCCGCCAGAACUCUCACCUAAGCAGCUACCACAAACAGUAGUAUCGGCGAGGCUCGAUAGUAAUGUCAACAAAAAUGGUUCUAGAGACCCCAAAUUUGAUACAGCAUCUGGAGCAUACAUGUCGACUAGCGAUGGCUCAGUUGAGCCAAGAACCCCUACUCCAAUCCCUAUGACUCCAAACUCGACAACUGAUGAGCUUCACGUUCUUAAUACGCCAGCCAAUCACAUGAGCUCUUUUUCUCCGCCCCAAGUUAUAUUCCCUAAAGAACCCGAUUCGAGAAUUUCAGCUAUGCCACCACCCCCUAUACCAAGAACAGAGGUACCAAACGAUCCCAAAGCUCUUUCGUCAAAGACUACUAUUCAAAAUACCCAUCAAACCGACCCGAUGAAGCAUCCGUGUCAAGUCUGCGUCAGAAUGCGACAGCAUACGAACAUUGCCCAGGCUCAGGGGUUUUCUAUGCUACACCACAAUAUGCCACAUCACAUGAUUCCACAGAUGGCAUGUCAUCCUCCAUAUAGUCAACAUUUUCAUCCGCAAAUGAUGACCAUGGGACCGGGUAAUAUGCAUGCUUUUAGUCCGGGUUUCCCACAAGUCAUGAUGCCGAUCCCCGGAAGCAAUCUGGCUGCUCUUCCAUCUCAUAUGACCAGUCCAAUGCAGGUAACCCAGAACCAGGAGAUGAACCCUCCGCCAAACCCCGAAAAGUCGGUUGAUAAAAUCCAACCUUCACCACCUUCGCCGCCGCCUCCAUCAGCACCAGAAUCAGCACCGGCAGUAGCAGCAGCAGGGAUUGACGAAUCUCCUACGGCAUCGAACCCAGUGAAGCCACCAGUAUCCCUAAUUCAACCUACGUAUCGCAAGCCUUCACCGAACCUGAUUGUGGAUGUUGCAGAGACUUGCCAGGAGAAGUUCCCCUUUGAGGAAGUCGCUAAGAGACAUAACGUGCCGGUAGGAAAAGUCUUCGAUGUCUUUGCAGCUAUCAUCCAGGUCCCGCUCUUACGUUGUCCUACUGAUAGACGAAGAGCAGGGAGGCUUGCUACCUCACGCGUCAAGGAGUACACAAGGACCAAGAAAGCAAUACAGGAAACUGGUGGUCAGAGUAAUUCUGAUUCCAAAGACGAGAUAGUUGUGAAGCCGUCAGACGUUGCAGACCGUCUAGGCCAGGUAAAUUUUCCGGACGGCUUCAGUCCCGAGGAAUAAUAACGAUACAAUUACGAAGAUCGGAACAUAUUACAUCGAAAUCGAAGAGGGAAUUUGCAUGAUCAUGAGAAGCACAAAAUUCAUUUAUGUAUUCUGCUAUUCUAUCAACUACGCCGACGAUAUCCGGUCUUUAAAACUACGAAGGGGCCCCUUACCUAUGACAUUGACAG